AGUGGAAUUUACGGAUUUUGUAACAUUGCCUUUGGUUUAUAGUUUCCGGAUAUAGAGGACCUAGUUUACUGAGAAGAGCCAAACGUCCACGGAAUAUGAUCCAGCUCCUAAGGGACAGGAGGGCGGGGCUUGAAGAGGAAUGGACACUCCCCAAGGUCUACGCUACCCACAAAUGGACUCAACUAUCACUGAGCAGGAACAGAGAAUUUGAAAGAUCACAUGACAACGGAAUUACAUCAAUGCAACUAGACCACACCUCCCAAAGAUAUUUAUUGUCAGGUACAACCGAUGGCUCCAUUUUCAUUCAAGACACUCGUUAUCAAGUGGGCGUGGCUCGUCAAACCUGUCCUACAGUUGCAUUCAAUCGUGGAAGCACCACACCCUCAUCUCACACUCACAGUAUAUCAGAGCUGAAGUGGUACCCUCAUGAUACUGGGAUCUUUACCAGUUCCUCGAUGGAUAAAACCUUAAGAAUAUGGGAUACUAAUGAGAUGUGUGUAGUGGAGAAUUUUAAAAUGAGUACUCCAAUUUAUACUCAUGAUUUAGCAAAAGCAAUAAAGCACACUUUGACAGCUGUUGGUACCAAAGAUGGCAUCGUUACCAUAUGUGAUAUGAACUCUGGCUCCAGUAGUCAUAUAUUGAAGAGACACAAGAAACCAGUAAUGACAGUACAAUGGUCGCCUUCUGAUGAAUACACCCUAGCUACAGGAAGUCAGGAUAAUCAGAUUUUAUUUUGGGAUAUUCGUAAGACAAGAUGUCCUUUGGUAUCGCUUGAUCAACACAAUGGCAGCCAAGGAAAAAACUCUACAGCACACAAUGGUUAUGUAUUAGGUCUCCAGUUCACAACUGAUGGUCUAUUCCUUAUCAGCUCCGGAUCAGACCAACGUCUUAGACUAUGGGAUGUAUCCUCAACUUCUAACAUGCUAAUUAACUAUGGCCGGAUCCCUCACUCGUUUAAAAAUCAGACUCACCACUUCUCUCUUACUCCUCCCUCUCUCUCCUUCACUCCUCAUCUUUUAGUUCCCUCUCAUUCUGAUGUGAGUAUAUAUGAACUGUUUACUGGUAGAAAUGUUAGUAAACUGAAAGGUCAUUAUAGCAGCGUUACAAGUAUUGAUGUUAAUUCUAAUGAUAUUGAAGUGUAUACUGGUAGUACUGAUAAUACAGUACUGAUAUGGACUGCUGUUAAUAGUAUUGAGCUUAAUACAGAAUCAAAAUUAUCAAGACAAUCAGUGAUUUAUAAUGACACUUGGAGUGAUGAAGAUUAAACAAACUAUUAAUUUUGCAUUUAGCAACUCAUUAGGGCUUGGCAAAUUAUGCUUGAAUUUCUGCCUAUUUUGCUUUUAGAUGCAGCCUCAAAUUUCAUCCUAUUAUGCUUUGAAAUAAAUCUAAUUAUAAGCUCAUUA